AUGAACCAGGGGAUCCUCGCUCUGGUCACAUCCACGGGCUGCGCAGCUGCAAGUGCCCUGCAGUCUCUGACAGAUGCAAUGCACAUUCCUCACCUCUUCAUCCAGAGAAAUGGGGAAGGUGCACCCCGCACCGCCUGCCAGCUCAACCCCAGCCCAGAUGGAGAGAGCUACACCUUGGCUGCCCGUCCACCUGUUCGAAUCAACGAUGUCCUGCUCACCCUUGUCUCAGAACUGCACUGGCAGAAGUUCAUCAUCUUUUAUGAGAGCGACUAUGAUAUCCGGGGUUUGCAAACCUUUAUGGACCAGGCAUCUCGGCUGGGUCUGGAUGUUUCCUUGCAGAGGGUGGACCGCAACGUCAGCCGAGUCUUUACUGACCUCUUCAACACGAUGCGCACUGAGGAGCUCAACCGGUACCGGGACACCCUACGGCGGGCCGUGUUGCUCAUGAGCCCCCGAGGUGCACAGGUUUUCAUCCACCAGGCUGUGGAAACGAACCUGGCAUCCAAGGACAGCCACUGGGUCUAUGCCAAUGAGGAGGUGAGUGAUGCAGACAUAAUGGAGCUGGUUCAUAGCUCUCUGGGGCGAAUGACCAUCAUCCGUCAGAUCUUCCCUAUGUGGAGAGAGACCAACGUUCGCUGUAUGAGGAACAACCAUCGCAUCUCCUCUCUGCUUUGUGACCCACAGGAAGGCUAUCUGCAGUCCCUGGAGGUGUCCAACCUCUACCUGUAUGACAGUGUCUUGAUGCUGGCCAACGCCUUCUACAGGAAACUGGAGGACCGGAAGUGGCACAGUAUGGCUAGCCUUAACUGCAUGAGGAAGUCCACCAAGCCUUGGAAUGGAGGAUGGUCCAUGCUAGACACCAUCCAAAAGGGACGGAUCAGUGGCCUGACAGGGCUGAUGGACUUCCGCGCUGAAGGCUCUAAUUCCCAUGUGCAAUUUGAGAUUCUUGGAACCAGCUACAGUGAGACAUUUGGGAAAGAUGUGAAACGGCUGGCGUCUUGGGACUCCACUCGUGGUUUGAAUGGUAGCCUGAAGGAGAAUCGGAUAGAGAGCGGUAUGCAGGGAGUGACGCUCAAGAUUGUAACAUUAUUGGAAGAGCCUUUUGUGAUGGUGGCAGAGAAUAUUCUGGGCCAACCCAAAAGAUACAAGGGUUUUUCGAUUGAUGUCCUGGACGCCCUGGCCAAGAUCCUAGGCUUCAAGUAUGACAUCUACCAAGUCGGAGAUGGGAAGUACGGCUCAGCACUCCCUAAUGGAUCCUGGAAUGGCAUGAUUGGAGAACUCAUUGGCAAGCGAGCUGACUUGGCUAUAUCAGCCAUCACCAUCACCCCAGAACGCGAGAGUGUGGUGGAUUUCAGUAAGCGCUACCUGGACUAUUCAGUGGGAAUCCUGAUGCGCAAGUCAGAGGAAAAGAUCAACAUUUUCUCUUUGCUGGCACCAUUUGACCUGGCAGUGUGGGCGUGCAUUGCCGCAGCCAUCCCUGUUGUGGGAAUCAUGAUCUUCCUGCUCAGGCGCAUCCAGGCAGUGCGCUGCCAGAACAAUGCAGGAGGCCAUCCGAUGCCUUCUGUCUCCACUUCACUACAGAGCGCCAUCUGGAUUGUCUACGGUGCUUUUGUGCAACAAGGCAGUGACUCCAUCCUGGGAUCUGUGGCUCUGCGUAUUGUCAUGGGCAGCUGGUGGCUCUUCACCCUCAUUGUGUGUUCAUCCUACACAGCAAAUCUGGCUGCCUACCUUACCGUGUCACGCAUGGACAAUGCCGUCCGGUCAUUCCAGGACCUAUCCAAGCAGGCGGACUUGGUUUACGGGACAGUGAGGGACUCUGCCGUGUACGAGUAUUUCCAGGCCAAAGGCACCAAUCCUCUGGAGCAGGACAACACAUUCGCUGAGCUCUGGAAGACCGUCAACAAGAACAAUGGCUUUGAGAACUCUGUCUCCAGCCCAUCAGAGGGAAUCAAGAAGGCAAAGCGAGAGUCUUAUGCCUUUCUGUGGGACAUGGCGGUGGUAGAGUACGCUGCUCUGACAGAUGACGACUGCACACUGACUGUAGCAGGAAACAGCAUGAGCACCAGAGGCUACGGCAUGGCCCUGCAACACGGCAGUCCUUACAGAGACCUCUUCUCUCAGAAGAUAUUGGAGCUUCAGGAAAAAGGUGACCUCGACAUCCUGAAGCAGAAAUGGUGGCCGAAGAAAGGCCGCUGUGACCUGCAGAGCCACGCAGACGCCCAGCCGGAGGGACGGGCGCUGCGCCUCCACAGCUUUGCCGGCGUUUUCUGCAUCCUGGCUGCAGGGCUGCUGUUGGCCCUCCUGGUGGCUGCACUGGAGACCUGGUGGAACAGCAACCACUGCCGAAGAGAGCAGCCCAAAGAGCAGGUGACUAAGGAUUACAGUCUGGAAAGGGUUUCUGGUCCAUUGACAUAUAAUGACAUAACGAGUGCUUCACCAGAAAGGAGGCGGGACAUAUGGACAGACAGAGAGAGAGACUGGGAGGAGGCCGAGGCUCUUGACACAGGACAAAGAGGUGAACCUGGAACAGGUCCACCAGCGUUUGAACAGCCUCCUGGACGAGGACUUGGCCCACAAGCAGCUGCCAGGCCAGUCUAUCGAGAUCUCUGCCCUGGACAUUGGCAGCAUGCAGCCCAGCCAGUCCCUGGAGGUCUUGUCUGCGCGGGACUACCCAGCCCAUCGGGGGCCGCCGCGGCUCUCUGUGAGCACCUUCCUCCAGGAGGGUCAUGGGGCAGGAAGGACACUGGGCGUGGCCCCUGGCAGGACCUUGCCCCUGCCCCUCAGCAGUGCCACCAUGCCCUCUAUCCGCUGCAAACACAGGGCACCCAAUGGGGGGCUCUUCCGACAGAGCCCAGUCAAGACACCCAUGCCAAUGUCCUACCAACCAGUGCCAGGAGGACCCAUCCCAGAAGCCAGUGAGCCCAGCCACGGGACAUCCAUCUGAGCACACCCAAUAUUCACAGACACUCAAGCUCAAACAGAUUAGCGGAGAGCUAAACAGAGUGCUAACGAUGUGAAGAGAGAUAAAUAAAACAUAAAAAAGGAUUUUUAUUACCAGUGAUGAAGAGUCAGUGGGAUGACACAUGACAAGACACUGAGACUUUAAUGUACAUAUUUGUAAGUACAAAGAGAGAGAGAGAAGCAACAUUAAAAGUGUAUUUUGAAUAUUCUCAACAGUUGAGUUUAAAAAACAUAAAAGUAU